ACGCCCUCUUCUAUCUCUUGUUUGGGAAAUCCCCUCAACACCAGGGGUGUAUGUUGUCAACUAAAACCACUCCUUUAGCCAGCCCAUGAGAUCGUCUUGACUUCGUUGAUGAUGUCUCCUUUCUAAUCGAGUCAGUGUGCCAAACUGUCACCUGGAUCAUACAGCAUUAAAGUACUUCUGGCUUUGUAAAUGCCAUAAUGACAGAUUUGCUACCCAGUUCUUCCAAGAGGCAGAAGCGAUCGAAAGCACAAGUCUCGGACAAGAGUCAGAAUGGACACUCUGUUGCCAUCGACGAAGCUCACUUGUCGACACUCUGCGACUGUGGCAACUGCACUGUCAGCACUUUCCUCAAGAAAGGUUGCCCUAAGCCCUCCCCUUCUCUCUUAGGGGCUCUCCCUAACCUCGAUAUGGACGGUGUCUCUGAUUCCAACCGGCUGAUUCGAAUCGGAAAGCUUUGUCUCGAACACCAGCAGAUAUCCGGCUUGUUCUCGACUUUAGAAUCGUCUGUGUUGAAGUCGCUAACUAAUCGUCGUGUUCCCGUUGAUACUAUUUCUCAGCUGCUCCAGGGUAUCGAAGCUUUCUUACCCCCUCACGCACACACCCCACUCCUUUCCCACCAGCUGUCCACUCUCAAAGAAGCCAACACUCACGCACAACUGGUACAAUUUGUCUCCUCUCUCACUUCUUUCUUCAACUACUCGCUACUCGAUACACUUAUCAACAAGCUCGGCUCGGAAUCAGACAAAGCAAAACUUGAACAGUAUAAGACUCAAUUCAAUGAAUUCUCGAAACGAAACAUGUUGGAGUGUCCUUCCUAUUACGAGCCACCAUCACAAUCAGAAUUCUGUGAGCUCGUCUUAAAAGUUGAUGAGAAUUUCUCCAAGCUCACCGUUGGCCAACUCGCUCAAUUCAUGGACUGGUUUGGUGGGUUCUUGAUGAUUUCACGGCCUUCGAUACAACUAGUGAAGGUGUCUAAGAAAGAAAGCUGUCACGUCGAGAUGGUCUACCCACAAUUGUCCAAAGAGGUGGAGCUGGUUUGUUGCCUGGCGACGGUGGUGAGGGAGGAGGUGCUACCCGUCUCUCCGGAGCAGGAGGAAAUGUUGAAAGCUGGCGGAAUAUUGGAGAUUCACUGUGGGGAACUUCAUCAAGUGUUGGUUGCCAUCUCCCCAAGUUCAGCUGCUCUUCAGAUGAGCGAACAGCAUGCUUCUGAAUAUUUUAACAACCUGACAAUGGCACAAGCAGCAAUGCUCCUCAACCCACCCCACACUGUACAUGACCAGACUGCCCUCCCUCCUAAGAAUGGACACACCCACGACGCCAUGUUGAGAUCCCCAGUGUACGGGGAAGGUUACCUCACCUCAAGUUCCAGUGUGGCGUAUAGUCAGUCGGAUCUGGCCACUCAGUUCCUCACUUCACAAGCAGAUGGACCCGGCUCAAGCUCACGUGACGAGCAGCCGUCAGCCGAGGGGGUAGGAUCAGAGGUCAGCGAUAGUGACGAGGACGCAGGCAAACCAAAGCCUAAACCAGCCCCGGGCAAGAAGACUCGAGGGCGUGUCAAGAUACCCAUGAAGUACAUUAAGAACAAGCUGAGACGAUACACAACAUUCUCAAAGCGAAAGUCGAACAUUAUGAAGAAAGCGUACGAGUUGAGCACACUGACUGGCACGCAGGUGAUGCUGAUGGUUGCCUCAGAGACAGGUCAUGUGUACACCUUUGCCACACCCAAGUUACAACCCAUGAUCACCUCAGAGGCUGGGAAGGCCCUCAUUCAGACCUGUCUACAUCAACCAGACCCACCACCCACCACCACAACCACCACCAUGGCCCCGCCCACUACACCUCCCGAGCAGUACGAUGUGAGGAUGUCCUCGGCCGGCUACGAGGAGGUGGAUCUUGGGGCAUACAAAUUAGGAGGAUCAGAGGAGCAAAAGACGCAGCUCUACACAUCUCAUCCACUGUACACUCCAUCCCUGCAGAGCGACAAGGCCACACCCACUUCCCUCCUCCCCUCCUCCUUCCAAACGGACAUAGCGUCGCUGAUGCCUGUCCUCUCCUCGCUACGUCCCCCGCCCCUCGCAUUAGUCCCCCCUGAUUACUCCCACAUGAAAGAAAGGGAUGCAAAAGACUGAACUAUAUUUUGACACGUAGCUGUGGUGUGCAGUGUGUAGUGUGUAUAGGUUUAUUACACUACAUGCAUUAUUAUUAUAUUAGUGUUGUUUUUUCUCAAAUCACUCCUAAUUAUGUAAUUUUGUUAUCAAUAUGCAGUUCUUCAACAAAAAUUGAUUUAAUUAAUAAGCGUACUGAA